AUGACUCUCAUGGAACUCCCCCGACUCUCACUCGACGCGUAUAUCGCCCUCGGCCUUGUUAUUGCCACCCCGUGGCUCUACCGCACGUUCUCCCCCUUUUCUGAGCAGAAGUCUCCCAAAUCGACGAGAGAGCUGCUGCUCUCGACUACGGUUCUUCUGCACACGUUAUAUGCGCUCUACACGCUCCUCGUGUCGCCACCGCAAAGCAUAUUCAAAGCUCUCGACGUGCCGGUGAACAUUCCACCAGAUUUCCUGCGGGCAAAGUUGGUUGAAACUCUCGGAGGAGAGGCAAAUGUGCCACAACAUCUGGAUAUUCUUCUGAAGAGGCUUGGGUUAAUGGAUUUGAGAUCACUCUAUAUCUUGUUCGGACACGACGCCCUUACAACAUGCACAUAUUGCCACACAUACAAUGACUUUGCUCUAUAUGCUUUUCCUGGUCCCCUACUGGAAUAUAUCCGUGAAAUCGCGUUCAUUGGCAUUUUGACUCUCCCUAAUUCCUCGACGUCAUACCUUCGACCUUUAGGCCUCGGCGCACUCCUUGUAUCCCUUCUGGCCGAGGCAUACUGGACUCUGACCGUACAAGUGGUUAUCCCGCCUUUCGGAAACAAGACACCAGUGACAAUGUGGCACGAAAUAUUCGUUCAACUCCGCCACGCCCUCUUCCUCCUCCUACCCCUCCUCAUUAUCAUUCUCCCCUAUCUCGGGCUUCACCGCAUCCCGAUCCUCGGUGCCUUCAUCCCUCAACCCGAACAAACAGCCAUGCCUCCAACCCCAGCCCACCUAGGGCAACAGUCCGUCAUCCCCAAAGAAGCGACGCUCAACGAUGUCACGGGCAUGACACUCAAGACGCUCAGCCACCUCGUGCCGACGCUGCACUUGCUGAAGUACUCGCACGCAGCUAUCAUGCGGUCGCAGUCGCCUGAUGCCCAGCCUCAGGAGACCCAGUCUCACGAUCUCCAAAGCCAACCUAGAUUCCAUGCACGCGCCACGAAGUGGUGGGCGGAGGAGGCAAGCGAGGGAGCCGCUGUGAGGAACGACGAGAAUGUACGCAAAGUCCUGAAGUCAGCAGGGCUGAGCAUCGAGGAGGCGAUUAAGGAGGGUGAGACGGUCGUCCAGCCUGAGGGCCAGCUGCUGCAGAGCGCAAAGACGGCGGUGAACCUGUUGAAGGAGGCUGGUAUCAGGCCAAGUGAGCAUUGGGCUUAUUAA